CAUAUAUGACUCAAGCGGGAUCUAAGCGGCCUGCCGAAGAAAUGACCACCGUCAAACUAAAUGUCAAGUGGGGCAAAGAGUCAUUUAAUGACAUUGAGGUGGAUCUGUCCCAGCCGCCCCUAGUUUUUAAGGCCCAAAUAUUUGCCCUGACCGGUGUGCCGGUCGAGCGCCAGAAGGUGCUUUUGAAGGGCGCGCAGCUUAAGGACGACGACUGGGGCAAGGCCGCUCCUAAGGAUGGCAUGACCAUUAUGCUGAUGGGCUCAGCGGAGGCGGUUUCGGUGGAGGCGCCGAAGAACGCCCCGAAAUUUGUUGAGGAUCUGCCCGAGCAGGAGCAGGAGCACCUGGACACCAAGCGAUUUGGUGCCGGGCUGCACAACCUGGGCAACACCUGCUACAUGAACUCCACGCUGCAAUGCAUGUUCGCGGUGCAGCCGCUGCGCGAGGCGCUGUACAAGCGCGGCGCCGCAGCCGGGGCCGACCCCACCGGCCGUCUGGUGUCCGCCACAGCCGAGCUCUUUCGCGACUUGGAGGGCGGCGGCGCGCCCUUCCCGCCCUACGCUUUCCUCAUGGCGCUGCGGGCCAAGUUCCCGCAGUUCGCGCAGCAGGGCCAGGGCGGCGUGUACGCGCAGCAGGAUGCGGAGGAGUGCUGGACCAACGUCAUGUACGCACUGAAGGAGAAGGUCAAGGAUGACGACGGCACGGCCGCGGUUGACAAGCUCUUUGGCAUCCGUACACACCUGGCGCUUAAGAGCGAGGAGUCGCCCGGGGAGGAGUUCACGGAGGACGGACUGAGCUACACGCUUAAGGUGAACAUUGAGGACAAGACGGCGCACGUGAGCGAGGGCGUGGCGGUGGGCCUGCGCGAGGAGCGCGAGCGCACCAGCGCGGCACUGGGCCGCACGGCGCUGUUCAAGGGCGCCACGGCGCUGACGGAGCUGCCGCCCUACCUGACGCUGCAGAUGAUGCGCUUCUUCUUCAGGCGCGACAACCAGCAGAAGGCCAAAAUUCUGAAGAAGAUCCCGUUCUCGCUGGAGUUUGACGCGUACGAGUUCUGCAGCGAUGCGCUAAAGAAGCAGCUGGAGGGGCCGCGCCAGGCAUUCAAGGAGGCGCAGGAUGCGGCGAUGGAGGCCAAGAAGCUGGCCAAGAAGGGCGCGGGGCCGCAGGCUGAGGCGCCCGCGGCUGCGCCCUCGGGCGCGGAUGUGGACAUGAAGGAGGCGGCAGCCGGGGCCAGCACCAGUGCGCCGGCCACAACCAAGGCAAUGACGGGCAAGUACGAGCUGGUGGGCGUGGUGACGCACAAGGGCCGCACGGCCGACUCGGGGCACUACGUGGCGUGGGUGAAGCAGCCCAGCGAUGGCACGUGGGUGUGCUUUGACGACGAGAAGCUCACGAUUCGCAGCGAGGAGGAGGUGCUGCAGCUCAGCGGCGGCGGCGACUGGCACAUGGCGUACCUGCUGCUGUACCGCGCCAUCUAUGCGGACGUGCCGGUGAAGGCGGAGGAGGUGAAGGUGGAGGAGGAGGCGAAGGCGGAAGAGGCGGGGAAAGACGGGCCGGCGGAGAUGGAGGCGGAGGCGCCGGCGAGCGCAUGAGUGGGUAUGUGGUGGUGCAGUUGCGCAGUGGUGCGGGAUGGUGGUGUGAGGAUGUGAGGACCGGGCGCUUUGAGAGGUGUGUUUUCAAGUUAGAGGGACGCUGGUGUGGCGAGCGCAGGGGGGGGAGGAUAGACACAGCGGGCACGUGAAUGAGAAGAGUUGGCGGACACGUGCUCAUGAGGAUCGCGUGAAGGAUCGCACGAGGAUCGCAUGAAGGGCGGAAAGCGUCCGCGGUCUCAAGGCGGACACGUGCUCAUGAGGAUCGCAUGAAGGAUCGCAUGAGGAUCGCAUGAAGGGCGGAAAGCGUCCGCGGUCUCAAGCCGUUUGGCUCCGGCAACACAUUGUUGCGGUUGCUUGUAAGAUAAAAGUUUU